AUGGAGCGCCGCGCUUCGUCCAUUUUCGCCAUCGUGCUAGCGGCCGCAGUGGUUCUCCUCUGCGCUUCGGCACGUGUGGAGGCGCUAUCGAUGGCCCGCAUCGGAGGCAAAUAUACUGACGUUAAAGGCGCCGCGAGCAGCGAUGAGAUCAGAUCCCUGGCGCAGUGGGCCAUCCGCGAAAUUAACAACAAAACGGGCACGCUGUACAGCUUCGUGUCGGUGGUGUCCGCUCAAGAGGAGCUCGAGGUUCCGAGCGGCAGCUACCGCAUCAAGAUUAAAGCCACUGACUCCUCCGCACUGCCCGCUAAGAGAGCAUACACGCUCGGAGGCGGUCCUUCCGCCGGCGCGGGCGGCGCGUUCAAGAAAAUCAAGACGAUGCUGCGAGGCGGUAAGACGACGAUGCCGACGACGAGUUCGAUGAAGCCCAAGGGGAAUGGUGCCGUGAGCGCGCUGAUCACGCUGCUCGUGGAUGCGGUGGAUGGGUCGGCCCUGGGCCACCCGAACGAACUGAAGAAAUUCACGAAGCUUUAG